AUGUGUGGUAUCUUUGCCUGCCACGGUCAUCCGUCGAUAGCAACCUUCAAGACCACUGCUCUGCAGUGUGUCAAAUGCCUGCGGCACCGCGGUCCUGACUGGUCAGGAAACUGGACGGGGAACAACACCAUCCUCUGCCAUGAACGUCUUAGUAUAGUGGGAGUGGACAGCGGGGCGCAGCCUCUGGUCAACGAUGAGGGCACCAUUGCGCUGGCCGUCAACGGCGAAAUCUACAACCACCGAAUCCUGCGGAAGCACUUGACCGUUCCCUACAGCUUCAAGACCAACAGCGACUGCGAGGUCAUCAUCCCUCUCUACCAGCAAUAUGACACGGACGCCCCCAAACAGCUGGAUGGCAUGUUUUCCUUCGUUCUCUAUGACAAGGACCAGGACCGGACAGUCGCGGCGCGGGAUCCCAUCGGGAUCACAUCCUUCUACCUGGGGCGUUCCAGCCAGACACCGGGUGCCGUCUUUUUCGCCUCCGAACUGAAGGCCCUCGCCUCGGUGUGCGACAACAUCAUUUCCUUUCCUCCGGGCCACAUUUAUGACUCCAAGACCGAUAAAAUCACCCGAUAUUUCGAGCCAUCUUGGUGGGAUCCGACCAGAGUCCCAUCCACGCCCAUCGAUUACAAGUUGAUCAGGAAGACGUUGGAGAAGUCCGUGCUCAAGCGGCUCAUGGCCGAAGUGCCCUACGGCGUUCUUCUGUCGGGCGGUCUUGACUCCAGCUUGGUGGCGUCAAUUGCGCAGAGAGAAUCUCUCCGUCAGCAAUCACUGGCCGAGCGGCAGGCCAAUGGCGUCGUCAAUGGAGAUGUCAAUGGUGGGGUUAACGGGUACCGAACCCCAAAGACGGGCACUAGGCUGGUGGGCAUCGACGACGACGACGAGUUGUCAACAGUUACAUUCUUACCUCAGCUGCACUCAUUCUCCAUCGGUCUUCCUGAUGCCCCUGAUACCAAAGCGGCCCUCGAAGUCGCCAAGUUCCUGGGUACCAAACACCACGAUUUCACGUUCACGAUCCAAGAAGGACUCGACGCCCUAUCAGAUGUCAUUUACCACCUCGAAACGUACGAUGUCACCACAGUCCGCGCUUCCACGCCCAUGUACCUGCUGUCCCGGAAAAUCAAAGCCCUGGGCGUCAAGAUGGUCUUGAGCGGUGAAGGAAGUGAUGAAAUCUUUGGGGGAUAUCUGUACUUCCACGCCGCCCCGAACAAGGAGGAGUUCCACAAGGAGACUGUCCGCCGGAUCAAGAACCUGCAUUUGGCCGACUGUCUCCGUGCCAACAAAUCCACAUCGGCGUGGGGCGUCGAAGCUCGCGUGCCAUUCCUGGAUAAGCAGUUCCUGGAGGUCGCCAUGAACAUCGACCCGGCGGAGAAGAUGAUCACCAAGGAUAGAAUAGAGAAAUAUAUUUUGCGCAAGGCCUUCGACACCACCGACGAGCCCGACGUCAAGCCUUACCUCCCGGAGCACAUUUUGUGGCGACAGAAGGAACAAUUCAGCGAUGGCGUGGGCUAUGGCUGGAUCGACGCUUUGAAGGACACCGCUGAGAUCAACAUCACGGACGAGAUGAUGGCCAACCCCAAGCCGGAAUGGGGCGACGAUGUCCCGACCAGCAAGGAGGCCUACUGGUAUCGUCUGAUGUUCGAUGAGCACUUCCCGCCCUACUGCGCGUCGACCGUGAUGCGAUGGACGCCCACUUGGUCGAAGCAGAGCGAUCCCAGCGGACGAGCAAUUGAAACCCAUCUCGCCCGCUAUGACGACGAAGCUGGCUCGUGA